AUGGAUCCCUCCCUCGUCAAAAUCCCUCCCCUCCGCGAUCUCACAAUCGACAACAUCACUGAAAACGUGAUCUUGAUCAAUUCACUUUGCGAAGAUGCGCGCAUGAAAUAUGUCCUCGAGCGAUUGGUCACGCAUCUCCAUGACUUUGCGCGUGAGACACGUCUUAGUUCCGAUGAGUGGAUGGCCGGAAUCAAAUUCUUGACGGAGACCGGCCAGAUAUGUACUGAUGUUCGACAGGAAUUUAUUCUUCUUUCCGACGUUCUCGGCCUCUCAUUGCUGGUCGACUCAAUCGACCACCCGAAACCCCCCAACUCCACCGAAGGCACAGUCCUAGGCCCCUUCCACACACACGAAGCGCCCCAAAUGUUGCACGGAGACUCCAUGUCACAGGAUACCAAUGGUGAACCUCUUUUAGUGGUUUGCAACGUCAAGGACCGCUCCGGCACACCCAUCGCAGGCGUAAAGAUCGAUAUCUGGGAGACUGAUUCAACGGGCCACUACGACGUUCAACAUGCCGAUCGCUCGGGACCCGAUGGGCGAUGCGUCAUGUUGUCCGAUGCCCAAGGGGAGUUCUGGUUCAAAGCAAUUAAACCUGUGCCGUAUCCCAUUCCGCAUGAUGGGCCCGUGGGAAAGUUGUUGAAGAGGUUGCAUAGACACCCGUAUAGGCCGAGUCAUAUGCAUUUCAUGUUUGAGAAGGAAGGGUAUGAUCAUUUGAUUACGUCGUUGUAUCUUCGCAAUGAUCCCUAUGAGACCUCUGAUGCCGUGUUUGGUGUCAAAAAUACCCUCGUCGUUGAUCUGGGGACGGUGGAUGCUACUCUCGCUGCUAAAUAUGGCGUGGCAGAGGGGACGCCAUUGAUGACUUAUGAUUUUGUGCUUGUUACGGACGUGGAGACGAAAGCUCUGCGGGAGCAUAAUUCGCAGGUUGCGUUGGAUAAGCUGGGCAGAAAGGUAAAGAUUGUUAAUGGAUUGCCGAUUCCUGAUUUGGAUUAA